UCUGUAACAACUUCAAGUGUCUCUCAUGUUUUCUGUUUGCGCGAAAACGUGCAAUGAAUUCUAGAUAAAUGUAGUUAUAGUGAAAAGUAAAUGUAUAUCAAUAAAAUUAUCAAUAACUAAUUUUCAACAUGAUAUUCGAAGCUGAGUGAACAUCAAUAUAUUAUUCUUUUUAACAAAUGAUCAAUUUCAACAUGGCUGAAAUAGCUAAUUCUGCCGUGUUUACAAAUCGAGUAUCUUGUGAUACUCCGGAUCUUCUUCAACAAGCAUUCCAAGAAGUAGUGAAUGAUGAAGAUCAUGAUAAUGAAUUUGUUACAUUUCUUACUGGUGAAGGUGAUGAAACUCAAACGAUUCAACUUACUCGAGCUCAAGCAUCCGCGUUAAGCCUCACAUUUGAGGUUGACUCAACUAGUGAUGAACAACCUGAAGGAAUCGUGUAUCAACAGUGUCAAAAUGACAUUCUUAAUGACAUUCAUAAUCCCAAUAUUGAAUCACAAAAGUCUUCAGAAGAAACAGAGCAAAUUGAUUUUGAUUCAACCGCACAAUGGACAAUUGAUAAUAUUGAUGAGAAUAAUAAAAUUAAUGGACAUUCUGAUGAUACUCAUGCGUCUGUAAGUACUACGCUUGAUAUCGUUGAUUCUAAUAAUCAAGUAUCAAAAGAAAUAAUACAGAAUUUUGAAAAUGCAUCACAUCAAGAUAAUGUUCAAGCCAUCUUUGUUCAGCAAUCAGAGACACCUGAAACAUCUGAUUUAGAAAAUAUAGGACCUAAUUAUGGUGAAAUUCAAUAUGCAAUUGGAAAACAUACAGCACAAAAUUUUUCAACAAAUAUAACACAACCGCAAGUUCUGCAAAGGGUUAUUUUUCCAUCAUCGCAAUUUAUUUUAAAGCCGGCCCAAGCUAUUUUGAAAGCCGGUAAAGGUAUUAGACUUAUUCCUGCAUCAAACAAAAUUAACGCUAAUACUAAUGUGACGUCAGUAACCACUAAUAAUAAUAUUAAUGGACAAAAUACUGUUCUAUUACCAAAAACAACUAUUUUAAAUUCAGUAUCUUCUCAGAUUUUUAAAACUACUCCGAUUGCAUCUCAAGUUAUUCAUGGAAAUGCUAUUUCUGCACAAUUGUUAAAUUCUUCCCAAAUACUUUCAUGUGAUCCAUCGAAUCAAAGCUUAAGUAAUGGUAAUAAUGACAAUAAUUUAAUAACAAAUGGCUUGAGAUCAAUACAAAAUAUUGGUAGUAAUCAAAUUCGAUUAUCUCCUGUCAUUACAACAACAUCAACAUCAACUCAAGGAGACAAUGGUCAACAGUUUACGACUUCAAUAUCAAAAAAUACUUCUGGUGCACCUUUAAUUUCAAAAUCACAAAUUUCUAAUAGAGUAAAUUCAAAAAUUACUUCGUCUUUCUUAAAGUCACUACAAUUUCCAACACAAAUUUUAAAAACACAGGUAGGAAAAUUAACGAAUACAUCGAUUUCAACAAAAGUUGCCAAUACUAAUCCAUCAAUUAUAUUAAAAACUGGAUCUCGUCUGAAAACACAAACUCCCAAGUCAGUAACAACUUCCGGUAUUAUUAAUCGGCCUACUCAUACUGUGUCUACUCCAAUAUCAAUAUUGAAACCACAAACAAAAGUAGCAUUUGCUAAUUCUACAAAGCAGAAUCUGAUAGUAAAUUCACAAAAUUUGACAAGCAUUAAUAAUGUACAAGCUACCAGAAUAGUUCAAAAAAUUACUCAACAAAACUCAUCAACUGAAAAUGAUAAACCUGCACAAAUAAAUGAUAUCAAAAGUAAAAAUAGUGAAGUACCUAUUUUAACUUCUCCAAAAAUUAUUAGAAAACCUAAAAUCAUCAGUACACAAAAUUCUAUGUCUUCUGUAUCUACUUCAAAUGAAGGGUUAAAAUCACUCGGCUCAAAUGAAAAUCCUAUUCAAAUAAUUCAACAAGGAAACGCUUUUCAUAGCUCACAAAAAUUAACGCAAUCUCAGUUAAAGCAGCUUGCUCAUGUUUUACAACAACAACGGAGUCAAGAUUCUUCAACUUGCAAUGAAAAAGUUGUUUAUAGAGUUGUAUUUCCAGAGGAAUUAGAUUUAAGAAUUAAAAAUCCUAUAAACUUAUUAAAAGGACGAGGUGGAAAACGAGGAAGACCUAAGAAAAAACCUGUCAAGUCAGUAAUGGUAGAUGAUGAAUCAGAAGAAGCGAAGGACGAUCGAAAGAAACACGUUGCACGAACAAGAUCGGGUCGUUUAUCUCGGCCACCAAGACAUAUUAUGCGAGAUUAUAAACAUUUACAUCAUCUUGACUUUAUGGAACCCGAUAUGGACGACUCAGAUGGUGGCUAUAGUGAUUACAACACUAGCCCUGAUAAAUUGGAAAAUGAAGAAGUUGCUAAGGAUUUAUUAACUGGAUACGAAGGGCCUAAACGAAAAAUAUCAGAUCAUUUUCGAUGUCCUACAUGCAAUAAAAUUUACUUGGGAAGAACGAGAAUGGCUAAACAUUUUGAAAUGCAUCCUGAUCAUGGAAGCCCUGAUCAACUUCCUCCAGCAAGUGUAGAGACCGAAUUAAAACGACCAACAUUUUCUCAAGAUCAGUUUAAGCGUAAAGGUAAAAAACGUGGACCUUGGGCAUAUAUUACACCAGAGGCUAAAUCCGAAAGGAGGCAGAUAAAACUAAAAGAAGCUUUAUCAGCUUGCGACAGUGGAGAAAUACUUAAAAUUGCAGCUAAACCAGUUCUCAAUGCACAAUCAUUAUUUGAUCUCAUGAUGUUAAAAUCUGAGAGUUGUUUAAAAACCUUUCUCAAUGAAUUAAAGACAUUGGUUGAGAAAGCAAGGGAACAAGUAAGUGCUAUUUUAACUCCGACAAAUGAUGAGGAAAAGGAAGAAGAUGUUCUUCAAUUAGAUGAUGAUUUAUUAUGCAAUACAUUGGGGUUAGCACCUGGUGUUUAUAAUGUCAACAGUGAGGUUUUUAAGAAAUCUUCAGAAAUUUAUAAUACAUCUUUUACGGCUACUACAGUUGAUGAGCCUCCAUUAAAGUUACAAAAAAUUCAUAGUGAUGAUUGUAAAGAAAAUAUUGAUGAUGAAUCUGUACGUUUUACAGAUAAUUCUGAUCUCAAUGUCUCCAGUUUUUUAGAAGAAAAUAAAUUCGAUUCAAUGAAUUCCAAUUGUCCAGAAGUUUUAACAGCGUUGACACUUAUGCCAAGAAAUUCAAGUCCCAUUUCUACAGAUGUUAAUAAAACUAAUAAUGUGUCAAAGCUUCUUAUCUCAAAUCCAGAAAUUCAAAAUCAGAUCUCUGAUAAUCCUGGAUUUCAAAAAAUUGAAAUGAAUUCUAAAAAUCCGUCUUUUAAAGAAGUAAAAUCUAACAAAGAUGGAUAUUCUAGAGUUAAUGAUAAUUCAGAAGUAUUUAAUUGUUCAUUAGCAUGUUACAAAUUAAGGAUGAAUUAUGAUGAUUCAAAAUUAGAUAAUCUUCGACAAGCUUUUAUUAAACUUGAACAAGAUUUUGUUAAACUAGAAAAUGGCACGCCAAGUACUUAUCAAAAGGAAAGUUCUUCUAAUUUUGAAAAACUUCAAAGCAACUUUGAAACUAUACCAGAUUCUCAAAAUUUUUCGAAAGGUUUUCAAAAAUUGAUUCCUAAAGUUUCCUUAUCAACUUCUAAUGAUGGUUGUGAAAAAGAAGAAUCAUUCAAUGGCUCUAAUAAAGAUGUUUGUAAGUUAUCAGAUAAUUUACCAAUUAUGCAGAAUACAGUUCCUAUAAUGUCAACUACUUGUGAUGCUAGUAUAUUUGGUAGUACUGAUAAUUUAGACAUAACUAAAAUGACUAAUUAUGAUUUGGAUAUCUUAGGUAAUAGUGGUGUAAUGGAUAAGCAUUUAAUUAUGGAUGAUAAGUUAGUUGAACAAUUACAAUUAGUAGAUCAAACUAAUUUAGUUGAUGAAAUAGUUUCAGAAAGACUUAAAAAUAUGAUGCCUGAUAAUAUAUUGGAAAAUAAUUUGAUGAAUAAUAACUCCAAUUUGGACACUGAAUUGGACUUUGAAGCAUUGAGUGAAGAAUUUAAUCGAAAUACUAGUAGUUGAUUUGAACGUUUCAAUGUAAAAAUUAUUUUUUUAAUACAAUUCAUAAAAAAUUUUAUGGAUUUUUCAAUUCUGCUAAAAUACAAUAUAUAUUGCGAUUUGCAAUGUCAAUAUAUUAUAUAUCAAAUAUUUAACAAAGCAUUUGUGUUUAAUAUUUUUAUCAUAAUAUAAAUUUAUAAAAUAUGAUUUUAGUUUUAUAAUAUUGGACACUCGAUGUAUAGAAAUAGGAACGAUGUAUAAAAUAAUUUACAAACAGAAUGCGAUAAUGUACAAAAUGAAGAAAAAACUAUUAUAAGAGUCUAAAAAUAGCAGAAUGUAUUAAAAAUACAAAUGAGCUAGUCUUCUUCAUGUGCUAAAUAAUAUCUACAAUUUUCGGAUCUCUUAAUUUACUAUUUCUACGUCUAGAAUAAAACAAAAAAGCUUACUAAUUAAUAUCAACCUGGUUUGGCUUAUUAAUAUUUAUUUAAUUGUAAAUAUUUAUUCUGUAUAGUAAUUAAAAUAUUAUUCAUGUAAUUAUUUUUUAUAUAACAAAUUGAUUAUUAUUAUUCAUCAUAACACUUAUGCAAUAAAUAAACUGUAUUAAUAAUUUUACAGUGUCGAAAACAAAGUUAUCUAUGUAUAACAUUGAAUAGAAUAAACGGAAAAAGGCCUCAAAAAUUUCAUAACAAACAAAUAGCAAACCUAUUUUCAUAUGGAGCAAAUUAUUCCAUCCACUCUAUGUUUGUAAAUAUAAGUAUAAUAACGAAAACGCUCAAAAUUCACAAUAUUAUUAUAUGUAUCACGGACAUGAAUGCUUAAAAAUGUCUAGUAAAUAACGUUCUCGGUCAAGUAUAAAAAUUAAUUAGAUAAUAAAAGUAA